UCAGGAUUACUCUCCAACAAAUGGAAUAUAAAUCCGAAUUUAUUUGAUUGAGAUAUACUCAAAAUAAGAAUUACCAAAAAAUGAAAAAAGGCCAAAACGAAGGAAUUUGCCCGAAAUUGGUCCUACGUCAAAAGCAAAGCCUUUGAGUUUAACUUUUCAGCCCGUUUCCAACCGAAUUAGACUACCAAUUCGUCAAAAACGGACAAUCCCAAAUUUCCUCCAAAUUAUUUUUUCUUGCGCCGGUCCCACUUUGCCAUGAAGUCCAAUUCCUUUUGCACCACAUCACUAUCAUUUCAGAAGCUAUUUUCUGCUUCCACUAACCCUCCUAUUCCCAGUUUAGCUAGAAUUGUUCUUCUAAUACUUGUACUCGCUUUGCUAUUCUGCUCAACUCUCUUUGAGGAAGGAAGAUUUACAAUUGCUAAAUGUGAAACAGAAAACUAUGCAGAUGGGCAGGGAUGAUUCCAUCAUUCACUUAUUGAACAUUAUUUUUGGAUUAUUUUUAGGGUUGUUGAUUUAAUUGGGCAUGAAUAAAUCGUAAACAAGAUUUGCUGGUUUGAAAAUUUUUAAUAUAACUGUAGAAGUGAUUGCGUGAUACCUGAGACCAACGUUCGAAGCAGGAGCCAUUAAGAAUCUUUAAAGACAUUCUGUUAGAACAUUUAUGCCAACUCCCCACCUUAAAGUUCAUCUUCCAUUCCAAGUGCUAAUUUUAUUUCCCGUAACUUGUGUUACAUGUUUUAAUAAGCUUUAAAGUUACUCUUCAAGAAAGUAAGUUAAGACUUGUUUCCUGGAAAGUUUCGUUAGUUAAAAAAUAACUUUUAAAAUUAUGUUUGGCACAUGCUCUAAUCUCUAUAUAUUGUCUACUGUGCCAUAAUUCUUUGCUAGAUAUCUUCAUUAUACGCCUUGAUGAGAGCUGUUUGCAGACCUUGCUUUAUUUAUUUAUUUAUUUUCAACUUUUACAUCAUUCUUACUGUCUCUGGCAGCACUUGAUGAUGAUGGCAAAUUUCUUCUUGCCGCUCGUAAGUAUAGGAGGGCCACGUGCACGGACUACAUAAUUUCCCUAAAUGCUGAUGAUAUGUCCAAGGGCAGUGGCACUUACAUAGGAAAAUUAAGAAGAUCCAAUUUCCUGGGGACUAAGUUUGUUGUGUAUGAUGCUCUGCCUCCACAUUUGGGAGUUAAAAUGGCCAAAAGUCAUUCCACUCGGAUGGUUGGCUCCAAGCAAAUUUUCCCUGGAGUUCCUGCUAGUAACUAUCCAGUGGCUCACAUUUCAUAUGAGUCGAAUGUGAUGGGAGCGAGGGGUCCGAGAAGAAUGCAAUGUAUCAUGGAUGCGAUUCCAGCUUCUGCUGUUAAACCUGGAGGUGUGGCUCCCGCACAGAUGGAUUUUCACGUCAGCAGUGUCGAUUCCUUUCCACAUAUCCCCUCUUUCCAGUCAGAAUCAAAUGACUUGGAUAAAGCCUUAUCUGGACCUUUGGAUGGCCAAAGAGAUAGAUCACUUGUUCUGAGAAAUAAGGCUCCAAGAUGGCAUGAGCAACUCCAGUGCUGGUGUUUGAAUUUUCAUGGUCGGGUAAUUGUUGCAUCGGUUAAAAAUUUUCAAUUGGUGGCUUCUCCUGAGAGUGGCACUGUUGGAUCAGAGCAGGGAAAAGUUAUACUUCAGUUUGGGAAAGUCGGGAAAGAUGUGUUUACAAUGGACUACCUCUAUCCUAUAUCAGCAUUCCAGGCUUUUGCCAUUUCUCUUAGCAGCUUUGACACUAAAAUUGCUUGUGAAUGAUAAGAAUUAAACGGUAUAAAUCUAGCCCUUCAUUUACAUAUGCUUGUAUUUGUCUUCAUCAAACAUAUGGCAUGUUCUCCUACCUAACUGCAUUAUGAACUCGUUAUAUCUCUCAGUAUACGUGUCAUAAUGUUAAUUUGUUGGUAUGGUCUAUUGAUUUCGCAAAUUUCUUUUGAAAUUGCUCUUUUUUAUGUAAUCUUGAUUUAUUUGACGUGUUAGUUUUGUUUUUUUCUGUUCGA